AUGGUUGGAUUGAGAUUUCCAUUCGAACCGCUUACUGACGAACAAACAGUGUCCUGAGGGACAUCCUUUCCGUCGCUGCAGCAAAGCCAACUCAAAUCACACAAUUCCAAAUUGUGACAGAUCACCACUUCCAGCCUAUGCCCCCCUUUUCUUCCCUGGUAUGAAGUAACCUGUCUAUCUCAAUAUUUACAUGUAUUAAUACCAAAGUUCAGCGUAUUUCAACUCGCGAUUUGUGACUGAAGAAAUUGACAAAUAUGUUAAUGCGAACAUCCAAGACUUCACAAACCAAUCCAUUCCAGUCACCUGCGCUUGGUUUGGUCAGUCGCAUAUAGAGUUGACCGCAACCAUCUUCUCACCAACGCCAAAUUCAAAUGCCCAGGAAAACUAUACUGGCGGCUUGGGACUCUCGCUAGGGGUAAGUUCUUUACCAAUUGGAUUAUCUCCCCACGAUACCGAUUCAGCAAAGAAAGCCAUCAAUAAAUACGCCGAAGAUAUCUUGGCUUCUCGGUUUGACGAAAUAUCGUUCGCAGCCAAUAUGAGAACGGAUCUGUGCCCAGAAUCUUCGAAAGGAAUCAUGAAGACAAUUUUUGCUUUUUACCAGGCUAGAAAAGAGGUAAGCACCACAUCCUUCAUUUCGGGAGAAGUAAAGUAACGUAUGAGUAUAGAAGGAUCCACUUCUACACGAUGUCUUGCUAUUCUAUCUUUAUCUGAGUCUUGUGCCAUUACCCAUCAUCUUCACACAAACAUCUGCCUCAAGUAUAACGGCCAAACUCGGAGAAGCCUUUAAAAGUACCGAUCGAUGCUCUUCACGUAUGCUGGACAGACAAAUAAAACAUAUCCUGUACCUCUCGAACCGCCAAGUCCUCGCGCGGGUACUAAAGACGCUCGAAAAACACAUUCGUGGAAGAGAUUCCUCUUCAUGGCCCAUGCUUUUCUGCACGAUUCUAAUUCUAGCUUCCUCAAUCGAAGCAUUACAGUCUCAAGCACAGAUACAUUUCUGCACUGCAAACUCCAUUCCUGUAACCCCCGCCGUUACCGAACAGGAGACCGCGAAGCAAGUUUGUCAAGAUCUCGAUGAUAUACCAUUUGCGCAGCUGAAAUAUCUUUUUCAUGCGAUAUACCGGACUUCUCAGCCUGGCAAAGGAGGAAUAAAUCCUUUCGUACGGGGGAACUUGGCGACGGAGAGGAUUGGACUUGACGCCCCGGCUAGAGAAAUGAUUGAAGGGAUUCGAGUGGUUAUGGCUAGAUGUGAGUCUUGUUUUCAUAAGUGUGUAACGAAGAAAGAUUCUGCCAGAGCUAACAUGAUAUAGUACCGAUGAGAAAUGACUACAAAUUACCAGAAUAUGGUUGUAAUACUUCCUGGGGUCAAGGAUUCUCAGAACUGAUUCAGGAAGGUUGUUGGGGAGUUUCUUGGCGCCUUUUCGGGCUGGUGAGGUGGAUAAUGAGGUGACUACGGAAUCUUUGGGGAAAACUUCAUUGUAAAUCCAUGUAGACUGAGCAGGAAGUGGAAAUAAUAUCAUUGUAAUGAUUAUGAUGAGAUGAUGAGAUAAUUCCUGGUAUUCGUAGAGUCUGGGUACCGCAGAUAUUAAUGACAGAAAAGGG